AUGAAGCUCUUCGGGUGGAUCUCGGCCGCAUUCCUCGCUUCGACGGUUCUUUCGUUAGAGACAACACCAGCUCCAUCGAUCGAUACUAUACCAUUCUAUUCACCUCGCAAUGCAGACUCCGGACGAAGGGCCUUUGAAGUACUGCAAUUAUUAAGGAAGCGGAGCGAUAACUGUCCUUCUGGAUAUGAUUCUUGCACAAACCUAGGCUACUCGGAUAUAUGCUGUGCCGAUGGUAGCAGGUGCACUCGCGACGCCGCUGACAAUGUCGCUUGCUGCCCAACGGGAGCGAGCUGUACGGGGACGCUCUCAGAGACUGGAAAUUCUGGGGGAGGCACAACUAGCAGCUUCCGAUUUCCCCAGACAGCGACGGCUACACAGACUACAGAUGGGACGAGUGUGACUCUCACGGGCUCUACAAUUGCCGGGGCAUAUCCAUUUGUCAAUAUCCCGACAUCAUUCGCCAACGCGCGCGUUUGCACAUCAUACUACUCUCUAUGUCAGAGCGAAUAUACCGGCUGUCUUUCGCAACUCGGAGGAGGGUAUGCUGUGACUGUGGCUGCUGAAGGAGGAGGUGUCACUCGCGCUGGAGGAGGCGCUUCUGCAGCUAUAUCGACAUGCUCUAGUCUGAGUAUGGAGGCAUGCCACGGUCUCAGCAUUGGUUACUGCGGCAGUUACAGCACUGAUGUCUACGAGAACCGGGGAACGAUGCCCAGACGGAGUUCCAGUCUUGAGGACCUUUUCUUUGGCAUGUUCAUUGGACUUGCCGGAAUGUUUCUAUGA